CUUCAGAAGGCUUGACCACCGAACACCAUGGAGAGCACCAGAGUGUUCGUGAGUGGUCUUCCACCAACAUGCUCUAAUGACCAGCUUAAGAAGCACUUUUCAACACGCUUCCAGGUCACAGACGCUCAUGUCCUGCCUAAACGUAGGAUGGGCUUCGUUGGCUUCAAGAGCCAUGAAGUAGCUCAGCAAGCUGUUACACAUUUCAACAGAACAUACAUGAAGAUGUCGAAAAUCUCUGUAGACAUCGCUCGUCCGAUCGAAUCCAAUGCCGCUGAGGAUGUUCAUCCCACACGCAGACGUGAUGCCACGAAUGAUAAGGAUACAUCGUUGGACAAGAAGCGCAAGCGCGACGGAGAAGACAAAUCCCAGGACCCUAAGCUACAGGAGUACCUUUCACUGAUGGGACAGUCAUCCAAGACUCGGACAUGGGCCAAUGAUGAUGACAUGGCUAAGCCGUCUGCAGUGGCUGCUCCCGUGAUUAACCAACCCGUCCAGGAAAAUACUCAACCGGAAGAGCUACCUUCACACCCAAAGAAGGUCAAGACAGAAAAGUCUUCUGUGGUAGAAAAAGCUCAACCCGAGCCCAUGGUGAUUGACAAGUCUGGUGAGGAAAAGAAUCAAGAGGAGCCAGAGCAGGACAAUGCGGAACCUGAAGAGGCUGCACCUGUAUCUGAUGCGGAUUGGUUGCGAUCAAAGACUAGUCGUCUGUUGGGUCUUCUCGAUGAGGAAGAGCAAGAUGAAUUCGAUCAACACAAGCCUGAGGCACCUGCUGAUUCUGAUUCGGGAUCCUCGGCUGGUGAUAAGUUGCCACCAGUGCGCAGUGAAUCGCGCACUGAGGCCGUUGAGAACAUUGCGCCCAAUAUGAUUGACGUUGACAGCGAAAUCCGAGAAGCUCCAGAGCCAGAGGUCCCGGCUCCGGAAGAUCCUAAUCUGGAUCUCAUUCGGAACUCCGCUCGUCUGUUCCUCAGGAACCUUGCAUACGACACAACCGAAGCGGAUCUUCAGCCGCUGUUUGAACGCUUCGGAAAGAUUGACGAGAUUCAUGUUGCUUUCGAUACCCGCUCCACAACCAGCAAAGGUUUCGCUUAUGUACAGUAUGCCGAUGCCGAAGCUGCCGUCCAGGCCUACCAAGGUCUUGAUGGAAAGCAAUUUCAGGGUCGACUUUUACACAUCUUGCCAGCGUCUGCGAAGAAGACUUACAAGAUUGACGAGUACGAGCUAUCAAAGCUUCCUCUCAAGAAACAGAAGGAGAUAAAGCGGAAGAUGAACGCUUCGUCAUCUACUUUUAGCUGGAACUCCUUGUACAUGAACGCCGAUGCUGUAAUGUCUUCAGUGGCUGGCAGGCUUGGAGUCUCCAAAUCAGAUCUUCUGGAUCCCACAUCGUCUGAUGCUGCUGUCAAGCAAGCACAUGCUGAAACGCAUGUUAUUCAGGAAACGAAAGCUUACUUCGCCAACAACGGCGUCAACAUCGACGCUUUCAAGCAGCGUGAGCGUGGAAAUACGGCUAUCCUAGUCAAGAACUUCUCAUAUGGCGUCAGCUCCCAGGAGCUGAGGAGCUUGUUCGAACCUUACGGCACGAUCAUUCGCCUCCUGAUGCCACCUAGUGGUACGAUUGCUAUUGUGGAGUUUGGCCGACCUGAUGAAGCCCAGAAGGCUUUCAAGGGGAUGGCAUAUCGCAAGAUGGGUGAUUCCAUAUUAUUCCUUGAGAAGGCGCCCAAGGACCUGUUUGAUUUGUCAGUGACACCACGCCCUGUUGCUCCAGAGUUGCGGGGCAAGGAUCAGGGAUUCUCAACUGCCGACACAUUUGCUGCAGAGGCCGACGAGAGCGUAGAAACCACGACCCUCUUUGUAAAGAACCUCAACUUCAUAACCACCAACGAAAAGUUCUUGGAAGUCUUCCGGCCGCUGGACGGCUUUGUUGCUGGACGCAUCAAGACCAAGCCCGACCCCAAGCGACCCGGACAGACUCUCAGCAUGGGUUUCGGUUUCGCGGACUUCAAGACCAAGGCUCAAGCCCAGGCAGCUCUUGCAACCAUGAACGGUUACAAGUUGGAUCAGCACGAGCUUGUCAUCCGAGCCUCUCACAAGGGCAAGGAUGCUGCCGAAGAACGGAGACGUGAAGACACAGCGAAGAAGGUUGCUGCACGCCGCACCAAGAUCAUCAUCAAGAACUUGCCGUUCCAGGCCACCAAGAAAGAUAUUCGAUCCCUGUUCGGGGCCUACGGACAACUUCGGUCAGUGCGUGUUCCUCAAAAAUUCGAUCGGUCGGCUCGUGGUUUCGGUUUUGCGGACUUUGUAAGCGCUCGCGAAGCGGAGAAUGCCAUGGACGCGUUGAAAAACACGCAUCUCCUGGGCAGAAGAUUGGUUUUGGAAUUCGUCAACGAGGAGGCUGUCGAUCCCGAAGAGGAACUGGCGCGCUUAGAGAAGAAGGUAGGGGAACAGGUGGACAGGGUCAAGCUCCAACAGCUUACUGCUGGCGCUGGCCGCAAGAAAUUCACCGUAGGAGGGCAGGAGGAAGAGGCAUGA